GCAGCAUGGCGGGCGGCGAGGCCUGGCGGCCGCCGCGGUCGUGCGAGGACUACUGGUGGGAGUGGAAGCAUUGCCGCGGGUUGCGGCACGCCUUCCACCACUACUACGCGCACGGGGAGCUGCCGGUAUGCGACCGGUGGCGGGACGACUACGAGGCUUGCCGCGCCUGGGAGAAAGGCCACUCCGCCGCCGCCCAGGAAGCUUUGUGCAAGAGUGAAAGAGCUCGAGUUAUGGAAAAACAGAAAUAUGCUCCGGUGUGGACACUCAGGAAGAACCCACCACCUGAUUGGUACCUUCCACUUGACCAAGACAAACCAAAUUAGCAACGCUGUUUUGCUGUGUUUGGUUCAUUAUUGUAAUAAGAAUGCAGACCUAUGCUGGAGUUUUUCUCCUGUGUCGUCUUGAAAUUAUACAAACAUAGCUCAGACCUGCAAUACUUUGUUUAAAAACCCGGUAUUUUUUAAAGGGAAAAUUAGGUACUUAGUUUGAUUUUGGUCUCUUACUACUAUCUUACACUUCAGGACUUCACCUCUGCAACUCGGUAGGCAGCUCCCAAAUUAGUGCAUACCUGAUCUAGCUCUUCUUGCUAGACAAGGACCUCUUCCCUGGUGCUGCACACUUUUGGAACAAUGUACCCACCCCAGGCCUGCCAAAUGGGAAAACAAAAGCAAGCUGGGACUCCUCCCUGUCACAACCGCUGGCAUUUAAAACGCGAUUCCCAGAUUCAGGAUUGUGGAUUAAGAGCUUUUCAGCGAGUGGGAUGAUGUUGCAGACCCUGAAACUGCAACCCUGCCCCUUUGUGGAACUGCUUUCAAACUGUGGUAGGUAUUGAUGGCAGUAUUCAAAUUGACUGCACCAAAAUAAAGGUUUAAAGUAAUGA